UAAUCCAAAUCACAUACACACGUCGCCAUUGUUUUGCAGUAACUCAGCUUACAGUCACAUACCUUUGAGAUGUGUUCUUCCCUGAGAAAUAAUAGGCAACCAAAAAAAAGACAUACAAUCCCACCACAACACUCCAAUUGGGUCUCUAUAAAACCUCACAAAGAUCAUCUCACAACUUAACAAAACGCAGUCAAUCUGCUUAUAAUCAUAGCAUAGCCGUAUAGAUUAGACGUUUUACAUUCUGCUACCAAAAAAUGGCUUUCCCUUGCUUAGUUUCAGUACUGGUUUUCCUUUCUGUAAUUGGAUCUUGCUUUUCUUAUGAAAGAGACAAUCUCAUAGACAGUUGCUGGAGAGGAGAUCGAAACUGGCAGAAAAAUAGAAUGAAGCUUGCAGAUUGUGCAGUGGGCUUCGGAAGUUCCGCCAUGGGAGGCAAGGGAGGAGCUUUUUAUACCGUUACAAGCCCAAAUGAUGAUCCUGUGAAUCCUGCACCGGGAACUCUGCGCUACGGAGCAACCCGAGAAAGGCCCCUGUGGAUAAUUUUCGGUGGGAAUAUGAAUAUAAAGCUCAAAAUGCCUUUGUACAUUGCUGGGUAUAAGACUAUUGACGGCAGGGGAGCAGAAGUUCAUAUUGGCAAUGGCGGGCCCUGUCUUUUUAUGAGGAAUUCGAACCAUGUUAUUAUCCAUGGUUUGCAUGUGCACGGCUGUACAACUAGUGUUUUCGGGAAUGUUUUGAUAAGCGAGUCUUCAGGGGUUGUGCCUGUUUAUCCUCAAGAUGGAGACGCCAUUACUGUGAGGAUAUCUACAAAUAUUUGGGUCGACCAUAACACUCUCUCCAACUGCACCGACGGCCUUGUUGACGUUACCCUUGCUUCGACUGCAGUUACUAUUUCCAAUAACCACUUUUUCGACCAUGAUGAAGUGAUGUUGUUAGGGCAUAAUGAUUCCUUUCUUGAUGAUAUUGUGAUGAAAGUGACAGUUGCAUUCAACCACUUUGGACCUAAUUGCAUGCAAAGAAUGCCAAGAGCUAGAUUUGGACAUAUUCAUGUGGCUAAUAAUUAUUAUGAACCAUGGGGAAAAUAUGCAAUUGGAGGAAGUUCACAUCCAACUAUCAUAAGUGAAGGCAAUAUGUUUAUUGCACCAAACGAGUCUUAUAAAAAGGAGGUGACAAUACGUGUAGGUUGUACUUCUUCAAAUUGUGAUGCAUGGGAGUGGAGAUCAAUACACGAUGUCUUCCUUAAUGGUGCUCAUUUUAUACAAUCAGGCAAGGAAUAUACAGGUGGAGAGUCAUUCAAGGCUGAAAGUGGAAAAGAGGUUCCAACAUUGACAAGACAUGCUGGAGCACUAAAAUGUGUACCCUUCACACAUUGUUUGUGAUUUAACAUGUCAAUCUAUAUAAUAAUGUGUUACUUGUAAUAUUGCUAUUCUCGUAAUCUACCAAUAAAUCCACUUAGUUAGUCACCAAGGGAUGUUUCAUUUAGAGCACAUAGAAUCUUGAAAAAAAAGAUACCUCUAUGUAAAUAUAUUCUCAUUUUAUUACUCAUUCUUCUUCUUAAGAGAAGUUUAUCUUCUUUUCAUAUAAAUAGCAUUGUAUGCUUGGUCUAAUUCAA